GGACUUCCAAAUCAACUAACCCAAGACUCUACCCUUCCACCAAAAGAACUAUCAGCAGUGCAAGAUGUAAUCUAAUUUGUGGACAGGCUCCAGGGGCAAGUAGGACUCAUGGUACAUUUCACAGCUGUUGGAGCGGCCACCAUUUGUGGGAGAACAGUGAUUAGACUGCAGAAUGUGGAAUUGUCCAGAGUUUACCUGCAAGUUUCAUCAGAGUUGCGCUGGAAACAGAAGAUAGAGGGAGUGUAGGAGCUCGCCAUCUCCAAGCGAUCUACAUUGGGAAAAACAUGGAGUCGGCUCCGGCAGCCCCCGAUCCAGCAGCCAGUGAGCCGGGCAGCAGCGUCUCCGAGGCGGCCGCCGGCGCCAGGGACACCCCGGUGAACCUGGAGCCUGCCCGGAAAAGCGAUGCGCCGGCUCCCGUCCGCAGGCAAAGCUACUCCAGCAGCAGCAGCAGCAGCAGAGGUAUUUCUGUAACAAAGAAGACUCAUACAUCUCAAAUUGAAAUUAUUCCAUGCAAGAUCUGUGGAGACAAAUCAUCAGGAAUCCAUUAUGGUGUCAUUACAUGUGAAGGCUGCAAGGGCUUUUUCAGAAGGAGUCAGCAGAGCAAUGCCACAUACUCAUGUCCUCGACAGAAGAACUGUCUGAUCGACCGGACCAGUCGGAACCGCUGCCAACACUGUCGCUUACAGAAAUGCCUUGCUGUGGGGAUGUCUCGGGAUGCUGUAAAGUUUGGUCGAAUGUCAAAAAAGCAGAGGGACAGCCUGUACGCCGAGGUGCAGAAACACCGAAUGCAGCAGCAGCAGCGGGAUCACCAGCAGCAGCCAGGAGAGGCAGAACCACUCACACCAACAUACAAUAUCACCACCAAUGGGUUAACAGAGCUACAUGACGACCUCAGUAAUUACAUUGAUGGGCAUACCCCUGAAGGUAGCAAAGCAGACUCUGCAGUUAGCAGCUUCUACUUAGACAUACAGCCUUCUCCAGAUCAGUCGGGUCUUGAUAUUAAUGGAAUCAAACCAGAACCAAUAUGUGACUACACACCAGCAUCGGGCUUCUUCCCUUAUUGUUCUUUUACAAAUGGGGAGACCUCUCCAACUGUGUCCAUGGCAGAAUUAGAACAUCUUGCACAGAAUAUUUCCAAGUCACACAUGGAAACUUGCCAGUACUUGAGAGAGGAGUUACAGCAGAUAACAUGGCAAACUUUUCUGCAGGAAGAAAUUGAGAACUAUCAGAACAAGCAAAGGGAGGUAAUGUGGCAGUUAUGCGCAGUCAAAAUAACAGAAGCUAUACAGUAUGUAGUGGAAUUUGCCAAACGCAUUGAUGGUUUUAUGGAACUGUGUCAAAAUGAUCAAAUUGUGCUUUUAAAAGCAGGGUCUUUAGAGGUUGUGUUCAUCAGAAUGUGCCGUGCCUUUGACUCCCAGAACAACACAGUCUACUUUGAUGGCAAGUAUGCUAGCCCAGAGGUUUUCAAGUCCUUAGGUUGUGAAGACUUCAUUAGCUUUGUGUUUGAAUUUGGAAAAAGUUUAUGUUCUAUGCACCUGACAGAAGAUGAGAUCGCUUUGUUUUCUGCGUUUGUUUUAAUGUCAGCAGAUCGCUCAUGGCUUCAGGAGAAAGUAAAAAUUGAAAAACUCCAACAGAAGAUCCAGCUAGCACUUCAGCACGUCCUACAGAAGAACCACCGAGAAGAUGGAAUUCUAACAAAGUUAAUAUGCAAAGUGUCUACUUUAAGAGCACUGUGUGGACGACAUACAGAAAAGCUUAUGGCAUUUAAAGCAAUAUACCCAGACAUUGUGCGACUUCAUUUUCCUCCACUUUACAAGGAGUUGUUCACUUCAGAGUUUGAGCCAGCAAUGCAAAUUGAUGGGUAAACGUAUCACCUAAGCACUUCUAGAAUGUCUGAAGUACAAACAUUAAAACAAAAGAAAGGAAAAAAAAGGAAAAAAAAAAAAAAGAAAACCAAGACACUUUAUAUGGCCCUGCACAGACCUAGGGAGCCAACACACUGCACAUCUCUUGGCAGUCGGGGUCAGGCGAAGGAUGGGAAACAAUGAAACAAAGUUGAACUUGUUUUUCUCAUGCAUAUGAUUUCCAUUAUGCCUACAAAUAUGGACCCUUUUUCUGUCUCAACUUCUCAAUCCUUGACCUCUGUUUACACAGACUGAGGGUACUAAUGUCAGAAGGUUGUUUUCUCCUGUAGUUCACUGCCCAGAUUUUUGACAGAACAAUCAAUUUGUUGGUCAGAACAGAGUCCACCUAGUAAUCAGCGACUGGUGUGCGUUGCAGAGAUUUCAGCAUCAGUUUGCACAACUUGCUCAUUGUUUCAUGAAGGACGAUUUUUUUUCACCUACCACUGUUUGCCAGUAGACAGAAUGGCAUGAAAAGGGUCCAUAGCAAUAGCAACAAUAGCAUUAUAAUAUAUUACAGGGUAAAUGGGCAUGAAGACUAUAUAUAGCAAAAGAGAUAUUGUUUAUAUAUUGUUUUAAUUAAUAUAAAAUGUAGUUACUGGUAUAGCUUUUCUUGUUGAAUUGAUAAGGCACUUUCAUUUUGCACCUUUUUCUUUAAAUUAAAUGCUAGCGUGUUCAUUGUUGUGUUGCAUGUGCACCAGAAAUUCAAGUUUAACUGAAAAAGGUUUGGCAGGUACUGGUACAUUGGGAGGUAUUUAUGCUGCUGUUUUCCAUGUUACUUUUAAAGAGAGGCUGGUCAUAUCCUGAAAUGGUUACAGAUUUUUUUAAAGAGUUGAAAAUAAUGACAAUUUUCUACAUUAAAAUUAUUCUUUCAGAAGUUAAAUUCAAAGGUACUUUUAUUUUCAAAUCUUUCAAACCUGGAUGCUUCAAAGUCAAAAGCCUUAUUUUCAAAUGUUCUGAGUUUCCACUGUCAGAGUUAAACUAAUUAAUUACAAAUCAUUUACAAAUGAGUAACAGAACAUCUUUGAAAAUCAGGCUAUUAAAUAGUGUAUUUCUGCCCACCAUAAAUCCAGGUUUGAAAGUAUUUAUUCAAGUCUGUAUCUACAGUAAAAGUAUGUGUGUAUGACAUGUCUGCAGAAAAGUAGUUUUUAUACAUGAUAUUACAUACUUUUUUACUCCAUAUUGUAAACAAUGUCUUCAGAUGCCAAGCUGUAGCCUGUCAAAAUCUAUGGGUUUGUCUUUGAUUUCAGUGAGUUUGAGACACUGACCCCUGUUCUUCCAGCAUCCAGCAGUUCAGUUUCAGGGAGCUGAACAGAGAAGUCUGUUCUCUCCUUGUUUAAAAAGACGCACUUUAAAGUUGAUCAGAUGGGGACAGACUAAGGAAGGAAAGGCACACUUUUGCUAGAAAGCAUUGGUUUGUUCUUGGUACAAGCCUGGAAAUCAUUAAUAUCAGAAAUCUGCAUUCUGAUUCCUGUAUUGCAUAACCAACCAAUAAGCUGAAUCCUGCAGUGUUACUAAUUACCAUUCCUUUCAGGAAGAAUUCUGUCUCUGAGCAAAGCUGGCAGUAAAUGUAGUUCUGAAGGAAACAGAUUCACAUAAACAACAUUGCAAAUUAAAAUUGUAGCUGUUUGAGCCAGAGGUGUAUAACUGGGUUUGCAUGAGAUGAAGAUGCGUAACUGGAUGCCCUGUAGGCCAACGCAAAUGCAGUUUCUGAUGAAGUACCUAAGAAAAAGCUGGGAACUUCAGAAAAGGAAAAGGAAUGAGACAGAAUGUGCCCUACUGCUUUAAUUUCCAAGGGUAAACAAUCUCAUAUAGGUUAUAGUUGUUGAGAAGUAACAAGCAAAUAGAAGCACACUGAAACCUAAGUAUCUUAAAAGGAGAAUCAGUGGGUUCUUAUUAGCAAAAUACAGUUUAUUCUAUGAUUUGAACAUGUUUCCUUUGGGGUCAAAUUGAGACAUUUAUCUAUGACACUUACUAAAACCGUUCCAGUCUAGCACAUCAGGGAAGGUUACAGCUAUCAUUCAUCUCUAGGGUUUGAAAGGAGGCCGAGAGGAGAGCAUCACGGUUCUUCCUCAGAGCUGUGUGCUCUGGAGUGUGGGAGGGGAACACCUGCAGCUCUGUGAGCACUGGGAUGGAGGCAGGAGAGGGCUUUUGGAUGAAGUCCAUAGAGCUGUCUUUUUCCUGCUCCAUCCUGCCUGCUCCUGAAGAGGUGGCUCACAGCCCAGCACGUGCUCUCUCCACUCCCACUGAAACGCUUUUCCUAGGAUCAUUGUUUACUUUAUUGGAGUAACUGGCAUGAUAUGGUACUUGCAUUCUAAUGUGUGUUCCUAUUUUUGAAGCACCCCUUUUAACUAACAAAUGUUUUCUGAAUGUGACCAGCCUUAGGUGCUAGUCCUGUAAAGAUCAACUAAACUUAAUCUCAGUGUCAACUAAUGAAUAAUGAAUAAGACCUGUACUUUUUUAGAGAGCGAGAUACAACUCCUACUUCUGACAAUGUAGACUACCAGGCAAAAUAUUUGGGGAUUAGUUUUCAGUCACAUCCUGUUCUUACCUUUUUAUGAUGAAUAUUAGUACUUUACCAGGCAUCUAGGUGCCAGUGAUUUUGUUUGGAAUCUGUUUAGCAUAUUUACAUUCAUAAAUCAUUGACAAUACAAGUCUUGGAGCAUUUACUAAUAAAAUACAUAACGAUAAAAAGGUUUCAAAUAGGGCCUUAGCUGAAAGUGAUCUUCCAGGCCAGAAAAUACUAUCAUUUUUGUUUGUGGGAGCUCAUGUGUACUGGGACCUUGUUAAAUCAGGCUGAGCAUACAUACCCCAAGUAACUUAGCUUUCCUGAUCACAGUUAACAGCCGCUUGGCAAUAGAGUAUAAUUUCUGGGUUGCUGUUCAUGGAGAGGGGAAAAAAAGGGAUACGGCACAGCAGAUGUACUGAUAAGACAUCUGUUGCCAAGGAGGUUUUUAUGCAAGGGGACUCAGAAUGACACUGGAGUGGCUGCUCAGAGAUGGCCAUGUGAGAACCCAGCGCAGCAGAGGAAAUUGCCUCUGCAAAACACGUGGGACUGUGGCCUGGUAUCAGAUGAUCAACCAGUUAAAAAACACUGGAGGUCAAUGGAUAUUCACAUGAAUAUUUUCAUCAUGUGCCCAGUUCACUACAAAUAAAAACACUAGGAUAGCUGAACGUAAUAUUUUAAGUUUUGAUUACCUGGUCCUUAGAGUCUGCAAAGAUAUUUUCCUUGGGAGUUAUAUCUGUCCCUGGAGAUGUUUUCUGGAUUUCUAGGAAGAGCUACUAGACUUAUACUGUCAUCUGAACCACCCUAACAUAUGUCAUCACCUCCCGCGUUGUUUGACGUAUGGAAUUAGGUAAAAAGGGAGGCUGUUUUUAAGUUUGGUUGUUCUUUAUUAGCUUAUCUAUCUUAGUAUGGAUACCAAGAUAUCUGUGUAUGUGCACCUGUGUGUGUGUGAGAGAGUCCAUUGUGUGCGCACAUGAGUGUAUGCGUGGGACGUGUGAGCGGCUGCUUCUAGGCUGUUAAGUGUCAAUGGAAUAAAGAAAAUGUAUUCAAAAUACUUAAGUCAAAAAUAGAAGGUGGAAAAAAAGAUUUAUUCUAUACAAAGCCUUGUCUGGACCACUUUAGAGAGACUUCUAUUUUUUUAACCCUUCUAUAAAUGUUUGAUGGCACUUGAAAUAUUCCUGCAAUAAAAUGUGAUUUGUGUAAACAUUAAAAAAAAAAAGAUUUUGUAAUGUGAAACAAUGAAAGAAAGUAAUGUAAUUUUUCUAAAAAACAAAAAAAAACCACAAACGAACGAACUUUGUAUUAUUUUCUUGAUGGAAUUUGUCUAUUUGUCUUUGGAAAACUUUUUAUUUCAUUGAAUGUGCCAUAGUAGAGGUGUGUUUUUCUUUUUUGUUUUGUUUUGGGGUUUUUUUUUAACAUUUUAGAUUAAAGGAAUAGCUGUGUUCCGACAUUCCAAAAUGCAAGAUGACAUAGCAGUCAUGAUUAAAAGGUUUGAUUAGUAAGCUUCAAUCAUUGUUGCUUUUUUUGCACAUGUUCUUCAUUCCUCUACAGUGCAAUAUGUACAUAGAGCACUUGCGGGUGUAACCUUGAUCCCUCAGGGAAAAAUACAUAUUUGUACAGGAUUUUUCUUUUUUUUUUUGCCUUUUUUCUUUUCUUUCCUUUUUUUCUUUUUCUUUCUUUUUCUUUUUUUUUUUUUUGCUAAGGAAUGUCGAUUGAAUCACUUGUCUGUUGUUGAGGGGCAGCCAGAUAAUAAUCCUAAACCACUGUCACAAAACAUUGAUUGUUUAAAUUUUGUGCCCUUUUAUUAUUUAAAAAAGAAAAAUAAAAGUUAUUUUCUGACAGUUCUUUGUGCUGAUUGGUGAAAAAAAGGGUAAAUAGAUAAGCACCUUAUGAUUGACUUAACUGUGAAUGACAAUCCAUCUCGUUAUCAACAAGAGAAGCCCUAUCAUUUUGGAGCUGGGGUUAUGAGUCAGAAACUAAUGUGCUCAGGGAUCUUCUAAAACUCUUCAACAGGGUGGCCAGCACUGCUGGUGGAACAAAUUACUUUUUAAAAAAUACGCUAGUAUUUCUUCCCUUCCCCCUGCCCCCAGGCACAAGAGAACUGGAUUUUUUUUUAACUCAAUGCUCUAUGUGUGCCUCAUUCUCUUGCUCACUUUUGUAGUAGAGCUGCUUUUUGGUCGGUAUUUUGCUCGAAACAGAAGUACUUCAAACAGUGCAAAGAUUUUACAAUUAUAUUUUAGAAAAUAAAUGCUGACCCACUAAAUAAAUGAUUGAAAUUAAUUUCAGUACCCUCUGGACAUUUUUAUAAUGAUAGGACUACUUUUCCAGAUGAAAUUCAGUGUUCUGCAAUAGAAAACAGCUUUUAGUAUUUAAAUUAUUGUCAAAGAAAAUGAAUCAGCUUAUGAGAACACAGUAAGAAUGAAAAGGUCAUGAUUAGGUUUCAGCAGUGAAGUCACACAGAAGGGAACACAGAUCUGCAGGAAUACAAGAACAACACUUCAAAUGUUGUCUGUUGUUGUUGCAGAUGUUUCAUGGUAAAGCCAAAACCUGACUGGAAAGAAGCACUGAGGCUGAAGACAUUUUCAUAUCUAGUACAUCAAAUACAGCAAUUCCAAGUGAUCUUACAAUGGCACCAAAAUCCACCAAUGUUUAGGAAGUCUCCCAGUGCCAAACUAUAGGAUGCUGGAAGCAUGUCCCAAUUAGCUUUGUUUUAUGGUUUCACAUUCUUUUGAAAAUGCAAGUAGAAAAGCAAAUAAACAACUAUGAGCAAAAUGAGCAAGGUGUCAAGACUUUGGUUACGUUGGGAAGAGAGUGAAUUUAAUUUCUCCAUCAAAUCUGUCUGCUUGCAGAAAGCCCCAGUUUUCCAGUAUCUUUGACGAUUUUUUCAUGGGGUAUACAGCUUCCAGUUGGUUACUUUAGAUUGCUUAAUAAAUAGGGAAACUAUUUACUAGUACUUAGGGUUUCACAGGCUGACAGUUGAGUUUAGCUAGGAAUGGCUUUCCAAGGCAGACGAGUGCUUAGCAAGUAUGAUCAGUUGGUGUUCUGGCAUCUUCAGCAGAAGAAAAUUCCUAUUGCUGAUUCACAGUGGGCCCUAUUCUUUACACACUUGCACAUCAAUUAAACAUACUCUUGGAAUGGACAAUCUAUAAGAUGUUUUAACUAUGUAGUGGGAUGAUCCAAGCAUUACAAUAUCUUUUUUAGGAUUGGCUAGACAGUCCCCAGUCUGUACUUGAUGAACAAAACAGGUCACACAGUGUAAGCUGUGCAAACAACAUGUAUUUUUUCCCUAGACAUUCCUAAACUCCCCAAUGUAGAUAAACCUAUUAAUAUAAAUGUCAGAAACAGCACUUACUAUACAAUAUCCAAAAAUAAUAAGCAAUUUUCUCUUGAUUAUUCAUUGUAUGAAAUUCUACCUGUGCUAGCUGAUUCAGAUUGCACAGAACAUCUUUAUUUUCCUUAGCUGAAUAUAACUAUUAGAAUUACUUUUUAAUUAUUAAUACUAAUAUUUAUUACUUUUAAAGUUUCAUCCAUUAAUAUAUUUGAAUAUUAGCCUCUUACUUUCUUUUUGUUUAAAUAUUCCUGUCAGUAAAUCAUUUGGUGGAAAUGAGGGCAAAUGCAUACAAAUACCAAAUACAACAACAAAAAGUAAAGUUUUAAAAUACAAAUUAGUUUUUAUUUUAAAAUUCUUGCAGUGUGUGCUUUAAUUCUAGUACUGUGAUAAUGGCUUGCUACAUAAUGCUAAGUCACUGGACUUGAGGGGAAAAAUACGUAACAUAAUAUACAGUCUAUCUUUGGAACUUUAUUCAGGUACUAAAUAGAAUUUUAACAUCAAAACAGAAGCUGUAUUCUACCUUUUCCAUAUGUAAUGUUGCUGUUUGUCUUUUUUUUUUUUUUUUUUUUGCCUUUAUCAUUGGUAGAAUAUAGCAAUAACUUUAUAGCAAUAAGUAGGCUAUCCAAAUAA